CGGUCCCUAAGCUAUCUUCUUUUCUGGGUUUGUGUUGAUCAUGAAAACCACUUUCUGAGCUGUAAUUCUGAAGAGGAGCUGUCUUUCAGAACUGACGCUUUAGCCGAGGGCCGGCUUACUGCGGCGGUGUUUCCCACCAGAGAGCGAUUGUAUUCCUGAAUCACUUCCCUCUCGCCUCGCCGGGUUACCGGGCGGCCCGGGCGGCCGAUGUCGGGAUGUCCGUGUGGGCGAGCCUGCCGUCCCGACGCUGGCGCUCCAAGGGGAGGCUGGGCUCUUCGUUCACGGCAACCCGGGAACCCGGAACUUGGGUGCCGAGCGGCGGAGACGCGUUGUAACCGGGCGGCGGGCAGCGCCGAUGCCGAUGCCGAUGCCCCAGAGCCAGACGCUGGCGCUGUGCGCGGCCUGUGCCGCCGCCGCCCUGCUGAUGCCCGCCGAUGUCUGGAGGCUGCUGAGCUGCGGCUGGGCGGGCUGGGUUGGCCCAGUGAACGAUGUCGCGGCCGCCCGAAUCUUCAGUAAGGCCGAGCUGAGCCGCUACACCGGCGGCAAGGGCAGUCCCGGGCUGUACCUGGCUGUCCUGGGCCAGGUGUUCGACGUGCACCGAGGGAGACGGCACUACGGCCCGGGAGGCUCCUAUCACUUCUUCACAGGUCGAGAUGCCAGUAGAGCAUUUGUGAGUGGAGAUUUCACUGAGCUCGGUCUCAUAGAUGAUGUGUCCGGACUCUCACCCACCGAACUGCUCUCUCUCUAUGAGUGGCUGACCUUUUACAGGAGAGAGUACAUUUUUAAAGGCAAACUAGCUGGAAUGUAUUAUGACCACAACGGUGAACCGACCCAAGCGCUCAUUGAUGCAGAGCUGGUCACCGAGCAAGGAAGGAAACUGAAGGCAGAGUUGGAAGUGGAAAACAAGGUGUUUCCUCCCUGCAAUUCGGAAUGGACCUCCACCAAAGGUGGCAGAGUUUGGUGUUCAACUCACAGUGGAGGAAUCGAAAGGAAUUGGGUGGGUGUCCCACGCAAAUUAUAUAAGGUGGGAUCAAAGAACUAUCGCUGUGUUUGUGUGCGUACAGACGGACCUGCGUCGAAUCAACCCAGUUCAGCUCACAACAGAGGAGAUCUGGAUAACCCUGCCUUGGCAGAAUAUCCAGGAUGUGAGAGUGUUUCAGACUCUUGUGUCCUUGUGGAGGAGUAGCAGCGUCUGCAAUACACAAACCAUUUUGUUUUAACAAUUAAAUAAAUUAUUUCUACUGUU